GUCGAAAACCGAGAGUCGAGAGACCGUUGAGGUCAAAAACCGAGAGUCGAGACCGCGGAGGUCGAAAACCGAGAGUCGAGACCGCGGAGGUCAAAAGUCGAGAGUCGAGAGACCGCGGAGGUCGAAAACUGAGAGUCGAGACCGUGGAGGUCGAAAACCGAGAGUCGAGACCGCGGAGGUCGAAAACCGAGAGUCGAGACUGCGGAGGUCGAAAACCGAGAGUCGAGAGACCACGAAGGUCGAAAACUGAGAGUCGAGAGACCGUUGAGAUAAAAAACCGAGAGUCGAGACCACUGAGGUCGAAAACCGAGAGUCGAGAGACCGUUGAGGUCAAAAACCGAGAGUCGAGACUGCGGAGGUCGAAAGCCGAGAGUCGAGAGACCGCGGAGGUCGAAAACCGAGAGUCGAGACCGCGGAGGUCGAAAACCAAGAGUCGAGACCGCGGAGGUCGAAAACCGAGAGUCGAGACCGCGGAGGUCGAAAACCGAGAGUCGAGACCGCGGAUGUG